AUGGGCUCAGUUGAACCCGGAACCACCGCCGAUAAGCGGGCUAUUUUCUUCUUUGACAUCGACAACUGCCUAUACGCAAAGUCCAGGAAAGUCCACGACCACAUGGCACUCCUCAUCAACAAAUACUUUGUGACGCAUCUCGACAUGUCGGCCGAGCAGGCGACGUACCUGCACCACAAGUACUACAAGGACUACGGCCUGGCGAUCGAGGGUCUGUCACGCUUCCACAAAAUCGAUCCACUAGAUUUCAAUCGAGAAGUCGACGAUGCAUUGCCCCUGGACGAGCUUCUGUCGCCGCACCCCGAAACGAGGGCCAUGUUGGAGUCCUUUGAUAAAUCCAAAGUCAAACUGUGGCUGUUUACGAAUGCGCACAUUACCCACGGCAUGCGUGUCGUGAAGCUGCUGGGCAUCGACGAUCUCUUCGAGGGAAUCACAUACUGCGAUUAUUCUCAGACGCCACUCGUGCCAAAACCACUUCCGGAGAUGUUCACCAAGGCAGAGCGGGAAGCUGGCGCGACAUCGGAGACCCCCAUUUAUUACGUGGACGACUCCUAUCUGAAUUGCCGAGCAGCGUACGAGCGUGGAUGGAGCAACACAGUUCAUCUCGUCGAACCGGGCGUGCCCGAUCCGCCUGAAAAGGCGAGCAAGUAUCAGAUCAGUGAUCUCGUACAACUUCUGGAUCUAUUCCCGGAACUUUUGAAAAACAGUAAUGGUUCAGUAUGA